AUGUCCAAUCACAGUUUCUCAGAUGAUAGCGCUUCCCGGGGUGACAAAUACAGCGAGAACCAAAUAAAAUAUAGUUCCAAAGCCCUGAUCGCCUUGGGGGUACAAACCGGUCCAGAGCCACCGCAAAAUACGAAAAGUCAUUCUGUCGUCGCCGACGAGGGGAGGGGCGGCGCAAGGGCACUACUAGAGUCUGAACACGAGGUACGUUCCCAGUCUGAGAGGUCGAAGAAGAUCAGAGAUCUGUUCACAGAACUUCACUCCUUUCUGCCUCAUGUUUCUGGCGAGGUGAGCAAAACAAUUCCAGAACGAGACUGUUCCUUCCCUCCCGCCACGAUGAUCUUCAAGAGUACUCUCUCUUUCUGUCUCUCUCGUCGGCAGGAUGAAUAUGUAGCAAUCGUAGACGAGGCGAUAAACUUCAGCAGAUCUCUUGAGGAGACUCUCAAGGGUGUCGAGGAGGCAUCACAAGAGGAGGAUGCUCCGAUGGAGCCGAGGGAAGCUUCCAUGACUGUAGAGGUGAAGGGGCUCACUGAUGAGAUAUAUAAUCCCCGUCCCCAGCAGGAGUAUGAGAUCUGCUGGGCGUCACCUAACGCCGUCGUGAGCGUCACCGGCGACCACGCCCAGAUCAGCAUCUGCUCCGCGAGGAGGCCUGGCCUCCUCCUCACCGUUGCACAUGUGCUGGAGAAGCACAACCUUGCGGUGGUCUCCCAGCAUGUCUCGUCCGAUCAGUUCAAAGACCUUAUCUUGAUGCACGUACAGGUAAACGCUCGACAAAACCUGCUCUCCCCCUUUGUUUCGCGACCAAACACAGAUGGUCGAUUCAAUAUUUUUUUUUUUGCUAAAAUUGAACAGGUGGGCAGAGCUUCCGGACAGUUACUCGAGACGCAAACGGCUAAAGAGGUCUUCAAAUCCGCCGUGGAUGAAAUAAUUCAAUGGAUAUCGUGACAUGAUUUCACACACCUUCGCCGGCAUGCGUGCAAUGGAAAUACGAAGAUUGAUUGGCAGAUUCUCCUCAGAUUCAGAUCUUGUUGACUAUGAGCUUGUAUGCGCCCAUAUGUUCUCCUUUAGCACGUCUGAUGAAUGGCCUCUUUUAGUCUUUCACUUGUUCUCCCAAUAAUGUUGACUUAUUGUUGGUCAUAUUGUAGUCGGAUUCAAAUUUUAGCCGCAUAAUUAGUGUUCACAUCAAUAAUUUUAGACGGUACCCACCACAUGGAUAUCUAUCAAUGUUGAAGUGCCAAUGGGAAAGACUUUAUGACUCUUUGCCUCAGCAAAUAUUAGGGUUUUCUUCAAAUUAAAUGUGCUUUGAGAAGCAAAAAACAAAGAAAAUAAUAAUUGAUAAAGGCUACUCGCAAAUAAAUAGUCAUUAGAUGUAAUAUACCAAUUAGGCAUCCUAACUUAGGGCCUAAUCUGUGUAAAUCACUACCACAAUGCCUGAUUUAAAACAGAUUCUUACUACAAAUUUCCACGAUCAACAUGGAAGGUCAAACAUUUGUCCUCCUUGUCAAACAUUUAUUAUUAUUUUUCCUUGAUGUAACAUAGGUUUUUCUUGCUAUUAUUAUUAUAUUUCCCUCAUGUAACAUAUACCUCCCUUUAUGUCCUUCUCAAUGUAUGUCGUUAAUGGUAAGCCCAUACCUCUUGAUAGCAUUUGUUAUAUGUCCAUCAGAGCAUCCACUAAGCUCAUGACAAAAUAAAAAUAUAGAAUUGAAGGAAAUACUACAGAUAUAAAAAAUUGUGUUUACCUAUGAAGAUUGGCCUCACCCCUUGUAAAACUAAUUUUAAACCCAAUAUUAUUCGACAAUUUCGAGAUUUUCCGAAAUAAUUUCAAAGAUUAUUAAUUUAAACCACACCGAGUUGACCAUGGAUGCCUCAUGCCACAACUUAAUGCUAUUUUCUGUAAAUCCCCUGUCACAAUGUUCAAUAAAAUCAUGUUGAAGGUUGUUUGUUUUGUUUCAUAUUAUAUAUGUAUAGAUACACAUCUUCUAUUCACAUAAGUCUUAAUCACGGCCCACCAGGCAAUGAGGGAUUUGAACCAUGAGCCAUCUUAAAUCCUCCUUGUUAACGGCAACACUCCAUUAAUGUUUUGCCAUAAACCAUAGUAAUUUAUAUUCUUAUGUUGAGAAAGUGUUAGGAGAUUGAUACACAGUUUUUUAUUUGUCAAGUUAAUGUAAAACGUUAUAACGUAAAAAUUGGGCUUUACCCUCCUAGUCGAUGUUUUCUUCCAAUUUAGUGUGUUCCUAGAUACUCGAGACGAAAUUUAGAAAACUAGUACUUCGCCCACAUGGAAAACCAGAGAGAGUUUCUUUAGGCCCAGGCCGAGUGCCAUGAUCGGCGCAGUUUUCUUUGGGUCCGGCCCGAUUCUUUAGUCAACGGAAGGCUGCCGCCGCGGUGGCGGCUUGACCGUGCGCGUCUCCUGGAAUUCAUCAGGGUCAGCCCACGCGUCAGGCAUUGGUGCCCCCAGCUCCCAGCAGUGUCUUCCCCCCCCCCCCCCCAAAAUUUUAUAACAUUUAGAUCUUUAAAAAAAUUCAGAGAUCAAUGUUAA